AUGAAUUUACGUGUGAUUAUCCUACUUCUCAGUCUGGUCGUGUUUGUGGCUGGUAAAGUUCACCGAUUUAGACUGCAAAGGAGAUCCCAUCGACAUCACAAAGUGCCCCAGGCCCAUCAGCACCUACAAUUCCGCAAUGCCCUGCGAAGAAAGUACGGAUUUACUCCACUCCGUAUAAAAACAAGCCAAUCAAGAGCUUCCAAAGGAGAAGUUGUAUCAGAGAACUUGAUUGAUGCCUACAACACCAACUUUUUCGGGGAAGUUUCGGUUGGAGGACAACCAUUCACGAUGCUCUUCGACACAGGAUCCUCGGACUUUUGGGUGCCCAGUUCUCAUUGCCAAGUUUGCAUUACAAAAUGCGGCAAUAGGUUCUUCAAUGAGUCCAAGUCGAAAACCUUUCAUACGAAACGAGUUCCCUUUAGCAUACAAUAUGGAUCUGGAGCGGUGCAGGGAAUUGUGGGCUCGGAUGAUGUCGGUUUGGGGGAUCUAAAAAUCCGACAACAAGGGCUUGGUUUGGUCAACAUUACCGACUCCUGCGACGCUUUCGAUGGAAUCGGGGGAAUGGGCUUUCCACCACUCUCCGAAACGAGGUCCAAACCUCUAUUCCAGCAGAUGAUUGAUCAAAAACUGGUGGAGCAGCCAAUCUUCUCGUUCCACCUGAAAAGUGGUUCCAGCGACGGUGGGUCAAUGAUUCUCGGUGGAUCCAACUCCAGUCUGUACUACGGUUAUUUGACCUACACCAAUGUGAUCGAGGCCACGUACUGGACCUUUAAAAUGGAUUUCAUUGAGGUCCAUGGAAAGGGCUUAAGGGGUUGCGUUGGCGGAUGCAAGGCUAUAAUGGACACGGGAACCUCCCUAAUAGUUGGACCUGCUCUGGAUAUUCUCCUUCUGAAUAAUGCCAUUGGAGCCCGGCAUAAUUCAACCUACGAUUUAUAUAUCGUCGACUGUUCAUCGAUUCCCAAGCUUCCAACUAUUGUGCUUGGAAUCGCUAACAAAAAGUUCUACAUAACGCCACAGACAUAUGUGAUUGUGUUUGAGGACAUGUGCUUUACUGGCUUCAAUGACUUGCGUGGUCUGACCUUCUGGAUAAUCGGCGAUGUCUUUAUAAGGGAGAACUAUGUGGAGUUCGAUUGGGCCAGAAAAAGAAUCGGCAUAGCACGAGCUGCUGAAGUGGAUUAACGUCCAUUGGAUAAGGCUUUGUUUGCCAUUUAUUAAUUUUUUGAUUUGAUUAUUAUUGUAUCCAACUUUUGAUUUUGAGGC